UUCAAGGCGGAAGCUGAGCAGUGGUUCUCAUUAACUUCCAUCCAGUCAGACAACAACUAUGAACGUCUAGGCUCUGCAACUUAAAACUAGGGCUUUGAUGUAUCCACCAUCUGGGAAUACAUUUUAAAAACCAAAGCGGAGAAGAGCUUCAACACUGGAAUACGAAGUUUGGUUUUAAGUCAAACACCAGGAUGGCUCUGAACAGGGGAAUUUUUCUCUGCUUGCAGGCUCUUUUACAGCUCUACCCCAGCUUGUGUGCCCAAGUACAAUCUCAAGUUUUUGAUCUACUUUCAUCGUCAGCCUCUGCAAAAGUGCAGCUUCAGGAAGAGCUGACCACAGUCAGUGAGGUUUACAUUCUUUCGACAUUCAAGCUACAGCCCAAGGCGAGCACCACAAUCUUCGGCCUCUAUUCCUCAAAGGACAACACAAAGUAUUUUGAACUGUCAGUGUUGGGGAAAUUAAAUCGAGCAAAUCUUCGAUAUGUGAAGAGUGAUGGCAAGUUAAACGUCGUCACCUUUAACAACAUUCAGCUUGCUGAUGGGAAGCGCCAUGCAGUUCUUUUACGGCUCAGUGGGUUACAACAAGCGUCUGGCACAGCUGAGCUCUACGUUGACUGCACCGCAGUGGAAACAGUGAAAGAUCUGCCUGCUGCAUUUACAAACUUCCCAAAAGAGCCAAACUCCCUUGAGUUGAGGACCCUCAACAAAAGGCCGCAGGAUACCCUGGAGGAACUUAAAUUGGUAACAGGGGGUUCCCUGGCAAAUGCUGCUGCCAUUCAGGAGUGCCAGUUGCAGCAGAAUGAUGCGGCUUUGAAUUUUGGUGACACAGGAAAGCAGCUUGUGACUCAGAUGUCUCACCUCACAAAUGUUAUUGAAGAACUGAAGGAGAUCCUGAAGCAGCAGGUGAAGGAAACAACAUUUUUAAGAAACACAAUAUCGGAAUGCCAGGCUUGUGGUUUAGGUGGAGUUGGCACAGUCGAUCCUCAGCUUCCAGACGAGAAUAAAGAAGACAUCCCAAAAUGCACUGCCACAUCCUGCUUCCAACCACACAUGUGCAUUCCAACUGAAGACGGAUUUAAGUGUGCGCCGUGCCCUGAUGGAUACACAGGCGAUGGGGUUACCUGUGAAGACAUUGAUGAGUGCCGAUUCAAUCCCUGCUUCACUGGAGUGCGCUGCAUUAACUUGUCUCCUGGAUUUAGGUGUGACGCAUGUCCUGCUGGGUAUACAGGCCAGCUUCUUCAUGGUGUGGGGAUCAGUUUUGCUAAAACCCAUAAACAAGUUUGUAAUGACAUCGAUGAAUGCAGAGAUGGUAAAAAUGGAGGCUGUGCUGCAAAUUCCAUAUGUCUGAACUCAGCGGGUUCAUUCCAGUGUGGAGGAUGUAAAGCUGGCUUUGUAGGUAAUCAGCUCAGUGGCUGCCAGCCAGAAAGAAGUUGUGGUAAUGGUCUUGUAAACCCCUGCAACAUUAAUGCACAGUGCAGUCUGCAGAGAGAUGGAAACACUAGCUGCCAGUGCGGCAUUGGCUGGGCUGGUAAUGGAUAUCUGUGUGGAAAGGAUACUGAUAUAGACGGAUAUCCUGAUGAGGAACUGAAAUGCAAAGACGAAACAUGCAGAAAGGAUAACUGCCUUUAUGUUCCCAAUUCUGGCCAAGAAGAUGCUGACCGUGACGGUUUAGGCGAUGCUUGUGAUGAUGAUGCUGAUGGAGAUGGCAUUCCUAACGAGCAAGAUAACUGCAUAUUAACUCCCAACGUGGAUCAGAAAAACAGCGACCAGGACAGUUUUGGUGAUGCUUGUGACAAUUGCCGGCAUGCUGUUAACCCUGAUCAAAAAGACACUGACAAUGAUGGCAAAGGAGAUAUCUGCGACAACGACAUGGAUGGAGAUGGCAUUACAAAUUUCUUAGAUAACUGUCAAAGGAUUCCCAACCGUGACCAGAAAGACAGAGAUAAUGAUGGUGUGGGUGAUGCAUGUGACAGCUGUCCAGACAUAAGCAAUCCUAAUCAGUCAGAUAUUGAUAAUGAUCUUGUGGGGGACACCUGUGACACAAACCAAGACAGUGAUGGAGAUGGUCAUCAGGAUAGCAAAGACAAUUGUCCCACCAUUAUUAACAGCUCUCAACUAGACUCAGACAAAGAUGGAUUGGGAGAUGCAUGUGAUGACGAUGAUGACAAUGAUGGCAUUCCUGAUGAACUUCCACCAGGACCUGACAACUGUCGGCUGGUGCCAAAUCCAGAUCAAGUGGACGACAAUGAUGAUGGAAUAGGUGAUAUCUGCGAAAAUGAUUUCGACCAUGAUACUGUUAUUGACCGAAUCGACAUUUGCCCAGAGAAUGCUGAAGUCACUCUGACAGAUUUCAGAGCCUACCAGACCGUGGUACUUGACCCUGAGGGUGAUGCUCAGAUUGAUCCAAAUUGGGUUGUCCUCAACCAGGGAAUGGAGAUUGUGCAAACAAUGAAUAGUGAUCCUGGGCUUGCAGUCGGUUACACUGCUUUUAAUGGUGUUGACUUUGAGGGUACCUUCCAUGUCAAUACUGUAACAGAUGAUGACUAUGCAGGCUUCAUUUUUGGCUAUCAGGACAGUUCCAGCUUCUAUGUUGUUAUGUGGAAACAGACAGAGCAAACCUACUGGCAGGCCACACCAUUCAGAGCUGUGGCUGAACCUGGUAUCCAGCUUAAGGCUGUUAAAUCCAAAACUGGCCCUGGUGAGCACUUGAGAAAUUCACUUUGGCAUACUGGUGACACUUCAGACCAAGUCAGGUUGCUAUGGAAGGACCCCAGAAAUGUGGGCUGGAAAGAUAAGGUCUCCUACCGGUGGUUCUUGCAGCACCGCCCUCAAGUUGGGUACAUCAGAGCUCGAUUUUAUGAAGGCACAGAGCUUGUGGCUGAUUCUGGAGUAACAAUUGACACGACAAUGCGUGGUGGGCGUUUAGGUGUGUUUUGUUUCUCCCAAGAAAACAUCAUAUGGUCAAAUCUCAAGUAUCGCUGUAAUGACACAAUACCUGAAGAUUUUCAAGAUUUCAGGACCCAGCAUUUUCGAAGUGAUGCGGUUUAAAAAGUAAAUCCAGACACAAUAAUGUGCAGCAUUAAGUAAACAGUGCAAAACAGUCCACUUAUCUCUUCAAAUAUGUAACCCAAUUUUAUUUGAAUUAUGAAUAAAAAACAUGUUAAAGUGGA